AUGGCGACUGAGAAACACUCGUACGAAAGCUACUAUCGGAUCGGGUCAGGAUUCUGUGGCACUGUCUGGGCUAGAAGGCUCGAAGGCCCUGCAUUCAAACGAGAGGAUGGAGGACCAUACCGAUCACUAGCAAAUGACUUUGCAAUGCACAAUCGAGCACUUGAGGCUUUUCACAAGUUGUCAUCCGUUAAAAGCAACAUUCAGGAUCAGCCCAUACGGCCUCAGGUUUGCAUUCCACAAUGUCACACCUACCUGACACCGCAAGACGCCUGGUGGGAAGAGAACAUCACCUAUUUCCCACUGGGAUACUCACCCUGCAAUGCCAUCUCUUCCGAACGCAUCCCACCAUUUCCAGACACUGUAAGGGCACUUCUUGUGGGGAAAUACUGCCCUUCAGAAAUCAGAAACCAAAUACUGAGUAGCGCAAGCAACCGGGCCUGCCUGAUCAGACCAUAUAUUGGCCGCAAUCGAACCUACAAAACGGCAAUGAACGUGAGGUCGAGAUUCAGCGGCUUUUCGCUGCAGAACUAUCCGCUCCAUUUGGAUCAGAUGGUGGAACUGGGGAUUCCUUCCAACCACCUUGAAUGGUAUGCUGCCAUGAUGGGGGAAGCAUUAGCCACGCUGCACUGGCUGGGCGAGAUCGAUGGUAACGACGUUGAAUUUGUUCUCGCUCCACCACCAACACGGGACGAUGACCGCACCAUUGCCAUGACGAAUGUGUUGGGACAGCACACCAUGUGGAUGUUGGAUUUUGACCUUUGUCGUGCCAUUUCCAUGGACUUGGAGGGCGUCAAGCAAAUUGUCAAUGCAUUUUGCAGAAAUGAUCCCUUCUAUCCGCGGCCGCACACAGACCAGUGGGUUGCUUUUCGCCAGCAGUACCUGCAGACCUCUGUGGGGUUGAUACAAAGUUUUCAUGAGGAUGAGGCAGAGACUCGAAUUGGCCUUUCCAGAAAGUUCAUAGAAUUGCUGGAGACCAAAUAG